UGUCAUACAAUAUAAUGGCAAAUAUCCCUCACCUCUCCUCUGCUAAUCCCUCUAUAAAUAGCACUCGAGACUUGAGACUCCAUGCACCGAGCAAGCUCCAACCAUCUGCUACUUUCUCCUUUCUUCCAACCUCCCUCCAAACAGACAGAGAGAGAGAGCUAGAGAAGAUGCUGGUUAUUACUAUUGCACACCCUCUGCGUACGCUGGUCGGCCUCUUAGGCAAUCUUCUGUCGGCCAUGGUGGUGCUGGCUCCGGUUCCGACGUUUUACAGGAUCUGCAAGAAGAAGUCGACCGAGUCAUUCGACUCGGUGCCGUACGUGGUGGGGCUGUUCAGCGCAACCAUGUGGGUGUACUACGGCCUCCUCACCGCCGACGUUCUCCUGCUCACCAUCAACAUUGGCGUCUGCGUAGUCGAAGUUAUUUACCUCGCCAUUUUCAUUGUUUACGCUGCGCCAAAAUCUCGGGCAUAUACGACGAAGUUGAUACUGUCGAUCAACUUGGGAAUAUUCGGUUGUCUAGUUCUCGUCAGCAACUUAUUUAUCAAGCCAAGUAAACGAGCUCAGAUUACAGGAGGGAUCUGUGCUUCUUUCGCCGUCGCCGUCUUUGUAGCUCCUCUCAAUAUCAUAAGGCUGGUGAUAAAAACUAAAAGCGUGGAGUUCAUGCCAUUUACACUAUCCUUCUUCCUCACGCUGUCCGCGGUCGCAUGGUUCAGCUAUGGCCUUCUUCUCCGAGACCUAUUCGUAGCGGUACCAAAUGUUUUUGGAUUCACUUUGGGAGUCACUCAGAUUAUCAUAUACUUGGUCUACAUGAACUAUCACAAGGAGGGUGCGGCGCCUGCCGACUUGGAGCUCCCUGUGAAGGAUACCGAAAAUGGAGACCAAGUGUAGCACCGAGAGGAGCGGGAUGAUCUUCAGCCAAUGCCAUGCAUAAGAAAUUCUUCAGUUUACUUAGAGUUGUGUGUUCUAGUGGAAUGUAAUAAUAAGUGCUUUAUUGUAGCAACAACAAAGCAUACUGUGGUGUUGUGGUUGUAACUCUUGAUUUAUUAUUAUUAGUAGUAGUAAUCUUA